AGCAUCUCUUUGGCGCAGCGCGUCGAAAAUGAGUCAAUUUAUAUUUGCGUGUGUUUGGCGUGUGUGCUCAUUGGAAAUUAGACGUCAACAUUUAUUAUUUUUCAUAAACAUUGGCCACGCGCGUUUUUAUAUCUUGGUGGAGAACCGCCAGUGCAAGACAUUAUUACAGAAUAAAUGGGACUGAUAUUGAUCAUGAUGUAAUGUUCAUUAGGAGCUGAACAUAACAAUAACGUUCAAGUCGAAGUCUCGGAGCCAGAGGAAGCAUUAGGAUCUAGGAUAGGUUGUGUAUCUGUCUCUGGCAUCAUCCAGCCCAGUCAUGUCGGACCAUUCCGGCCCGCCGCCGCUGUCUGGGCCUCCGCCGCCGCUGCUGCGCUCCGAGCCGCCGCCGUCGGCAUCGGGGCUGCCGUCGGUGCCACCACCACCGAGCCUGACAUCCGUGCCGCCCCCGCCCAACAUCAGCUCGCUGUCGUCUGAGCCGGCGUCCGACGCCAAACCGGCCGUUCAGCUGCCGGGCGUGCUGGAGCGCGCGCUCAACUACAAGCUGGAGCGGGCCAAGGAGGUGGGCGUGGAACUGAGCGAGCUGGAACGGAUCGAGGCGGAGGGCCUGGCCGCCAUGCCGCAGGCACCGCCGCCGCCCAAAAUCCGCGAGGAUCCCGCACGAGCCAAGGAGCAGCGCGAGGAAAAGCAGAAGAAGCGCAAGGAGCUGCGCAAAAAGAAGAAAAAGAAGAAGAAGCGCCCCCGUGCCGUACAGCAGAACGGUACCAGCCAGAAGGCCGACACAGAAAGCGCAGACGAUGUCGAGAUAGAGUACGUGGCGGACGCGCCAGAAAUGGACCCGUCCGACCCGCUCUACCGCCAGUUCGCGCACAUCUUCGAGACGUUCAAGAUCAGCGAGCCACCGUCAUCUGAGCAGGGCGGCGGCGACGGACACAACGCGUCUGCCGACGACCAGGCGCCCCAGCAGCCGCAGGAUCUCAAAAAGGUGCCCAAACUGCUGGACGGCGACGACGACAGCGACGACGAGGGUGACGACACCGACCAGCCCAAGAUCUCCAAGCGCAAGAUGAAGAAGCUGACGCGCAUGACGAUCGCGCAGCUGAAGCAGCAGGUGGCGCGGCCGGACGUGGUCGAGAUGCACGACGUCACCUCCCGCGACCCGCUGCUGCUGGUGGCGCUCAAGAGCACGCGCAACACGGUGCCCGUGCCGCGCCACUGGUGCUUCAAACGCAAGUACCUUCAGGGUAAACGAGGUAUCGAGAAGCCGCCGUUCGACCUGCCCGAGUUCAUCAAGAAGACCGGCAUCAUGGAGAUGAGGCAGGCGCUGGCAGAGAAGGAGGAGGCCAAGAACAUGAAGGCCAAGAUGCGGGAGAAGGUGCGACCCAAGAUGGGCAAGAUCGAUAUCGACUACCAGAAACUGCACGACGCAUUUUUCAAGUGGCAAACCAAGCCGCGUAUGACAAUCCACGGCGACCUCUACUACGAGGGUAAGGAGUUCGAGACGCGACUCAAAGAGAAGAAGCCGGGCGACCUGUCGGACGACCUGCGCACCGCCCUGGGCAUGCCUGUCGGCGCCAGCAGCAACAAGAUCCCCCCGCCGUGGCUGAUCGCCAUGCAGAGGUACGGCCCGCCGCCGAGCUACCCCAACCUGAAGAUCCCCGGUCUGAACGCGCCCAUACCGGAGGGCUGCAGUUUCGGCUACCACGCCGGCGGCUGGGGCAAGCCGCCGGUGGACGAGCACGGAAAGCCGCUCUACGGAGACGUGUUCGGCGUCCAGAGCAAGGACUUUGACAACGCCGCCGGCGACGAGGACGUGGAGCGGACUCUGUGGGGCGAGCUGGAGUCCGAGUCCGAAGAGUCAGAGUCGGAGGAGGAGUCAGAGGAGGAGGAGGGCGAGGGCGUGGAGGAGUCGGGCCUGGUCACCCCGGCCGAGGGACUCAUCACGCCCUCGGGGGUGACCAGCAUCCCCGCCGGCAUGGAAACUCCGGAGAUGAUCGAGCUCAGGAAGCGCAAGGUCGAGACCGAAAUGGAGGGAGGCGAGACGCCGUCGCUGUACCAGGUGCUGCCUGAGCGGCGUAACGAGCGUGUCGGCGCUGCCAUGAUGGCCUCCACACACACCUACGAUCUGCCCGGCAAGCGGCCGGCCGGCGCGGGCGGCGAGGGCGUCGAGGUGGCGCUGGACCCGUCCGAGCUGGACCUGGUGGAUACAGACGCCAUGGCGCAGCGCUACGAGGAGCGCAUGCGGGAGACCCAGCUAGAGAAGGAGGACCUCAGUGAUAUGGUGGCUGAGCAUGCGGCCAAACAAAAGAACAAACGGAAGCGGCAGCAGGCGCAACAGGACGACAAAAAGUCCAAGAAGUACAAGGAGUUCAAGUUCUAAGGGACGUGAGUCGUUUGCUGGGGUUCAUCGCAGAACACCGAUGCCGGUAAUAUUCCGAGAACAUGUAUCAUGUGCGCACUUUGAGAGGGAGUUUUUCAUCCGAGCUGGUCACUGGGUCGCGCGCCUGCCGUUCGUCCAAUACAUGUAACGUCAGAG